UCUGUCACGGAUGCUGCCGCGCAAAAAUAUCUCCCCUGAUGUUCCAUUUUACCCGUCGAUGCUUACUUUUUUUCGGAUCUCCCGCUUCCCGUCACGUGGUGACUCCACCGUCUUCGAAGCUAUAUCAACCCAUUGAAGGCUUCGUUUCUAAAGGAGGCGAAAGGCGCAUCAGGAAGCCCCUGUUUGUGGUUUUCGUGACUUCAGCCAGCGCCUGCCACCCGUAGCAGACAGUUUGGGAGCAUGCCCAUGGCGCAUAACAAAGAAACUACCGAUGGCAGUGCUGCCAAAGUUCCAGCUAUUGCUCAACCUUUGGCUGAAAAGCCAUCGGAUAUUGCAUCCAACAUCGCCUUCCAUGCCCGCUACAGUCCUCACUUUUCCCCUCUUAAGUUUGACCCGGAGCAAGCCUAUUAUGCCACUGCAGACAGUGUUCGUGAUCUCCUGAUUCACAGGUGGAAUGAGACUUUCCUGCAUUUUCACAAAGUUGAUCCCAAACAGACUUACUACCUGUCAAUGGAGUACCUACAGGGCCGUGCUCUGACCAAUGCUAUCGGUAACCUUGGACUCUCUGGGGCAUAUGCAGAUGCUUUGAAAAAAUUGGGAUAUGAACUUGAAGAAAUUGCAGAGAAGGAAAAAGAUGCAGCCUUGGGAAAUGGAGGUUUGGGGAGGCUAGCAUCUUGCUUUCUAGAUUCAAUGGCAACACUAAACUUACCUGCUUGGGGUUAUGGCCUACGAUAUAGAUAUGGCUUAUUUAAGCAACUGAUCUCUAAGGAGGGACAAGAAGAGGUAGCUGAAGAUUGGCUCGAGAAGUUCAGUCCAUGGGAGGUCGUGAGGCAUGAUGUCUUGUACCCUGUUAGAUUUUUUGGCCAUGUCGAGGUCUCUCCUACAGGAUCUCGGAAAUGGGUUGGAGGAGAGGUAAUACAGGCAUUGGCAUAUGAUGUACCGAUCCCGGGAUACAACACCAAAAAUACCAUCAGCCUCCGCCUAUGGGAAGCAAAAUCCAGUGCUAAAGAUUUCAAUUUGUUCGAAUUUAAUGAGGGGAAGUAUGAAUCUGCUUCUCAGCUCCAUUCAAAAGCUCAGCAGAUAUGUGCAGUCUUAUACCCUGGUGAUGCUACAGAAGAUGGCAAAAUUUUGCGAUUGAAACAACAGUUUUUCCUCUGUAGUGCUUCACUGCAGGACAUUAUAAUGAGAUUCAAGGAGAGGAGGGAAGGGAACAUGGCUUGGAACUGGUCUGACUUUCCUAGCAAGGUUGCUGUUCAACUCAAUGAUACUCACCCAACACUUGCAAUACCAGAACUAAUGCGAUUGUUGAUGGAUGGUGAGGAACUUGGUUGGGAUGAAGCUUGGGAUGUGACAACUAGGACUGUUGCUUAUACUAAUCACACUGUUCUUCCCGAGGCACUAGAAAAAUGGCCACAAGCUGUUAUGUAUAAGCUUCUUCCAAGGCAUAUGGAAAUCAUUGAAGAGAUUGAUAAGAGGUUUAUGGCCAUGAUUCGUUCCACCUUCAGUAGCAUGGAGAGCAAGCUUUCCGAUAUGCAGAUCUUAGAUAGCUCUAAUCCUCAAAAACCUGUGGUGCGAAUGGCUAAUUUAUGUGUAGUGUCUUCUCACAAGGUGAAUGGAGUGGCAGAGCUACACAGUGAUAUUCUGAAGGCAGACUUAUUUGCUAAUUACUUCUCAAUAUGGCCUGCCAAGUUUCAGAAUAAAACGAAUGGUGUUACACCUCGUCGUUGGAUCAAAUUUUGUAGCCCUGAACUGAGUGAUAUCAUCACCAAAUGGCUCAAAACAGAUGGAUGGAUCACAAAUCUUGACCUUCUUUCUGGUCUUCGUCAAUUUGCUGACAAUGAUAAGUUGCAUGCUGAGUGGGCUUCGGCCAAGAUGGCUAACAAGCAUCGGUUGGCACAGUAUGUAUUGCAUGUUACAGGUGUGUCUAUUGACCCCAACAGCCUCUUUGACAUACAGAUUAAACGGAUUCAUGAAUACAAAAGACAGCUUCUGAAUAUUCUGGGAACAGUCUAUAGAUACAAGAAACUAAAGGAAAUGUCCAUUGAAGAGAGAAAGAAAACAACACCGCGAACUGUCAUGCUUGGUGGAAAAGCAUUUGCAACCUAUACAAAUGCUAAAAGAAUUGUCAAGCUGGUCAAUGAUGUUGGUUCUGUUGUCAACAAUGAUCCAGAAAUCAACAACUAUUUGAAGGUUAUUUUCAUACCAAAUUACAAUGUCUCUGUGGCUGAGUUGCUUAUUCCUGGGAGUGAGUUAUCCCAACACAUCAGCACAGCAGGAAUGGAAGCUAGUGGGACAAGCAACAUGAAAUUUUCCCUGAAUGGUUGCCUCAUAAUUGGUACUCUAGAUGGUGCAAAUGUGGAAAUCAGACAAGAAAUAGGAGAAGACAAUUUCUUCCUUUUUGGUGCCAAAGCUGAUGAAGUUGCAAAGCUUCGGAAAGAUAGAGAAAACGGAUUGUUCAAACCAGAUCCUCGGUUCGAAGAGGCCAAACAAUUUAUUAGGGGCGGUGCAUUUGGCAGCUAUGACUACAGUGCUCUUCUAGAUUCCUUGGAAGGAAAUUCUGGCUAUGGUCGUGCUGACUAUUUUCUUGUUGGUUAUGACUUCCCAAGUUAUAUCGAGGCCCAGUCUCGAGUGGAUGAAGCAUACAAGGACCGAAAAAGAUGGCUAAAGAUGUCGAUAUUGAGCACGGCCGGAAGCGGCAAAUUUAGCAGCGAUCGAACCAUCUCCCAGUAUGCAAAUGAAAUAUGGGGCAUUAAAGCCUGCCCCGUGCCAUGAGGAGCCACUGGAUUCAACAUGAACGUAGUGCUCCAUAUGAGAUAAUGAAUAAGUUUGGGUGCCAUUAGUUGUUUUUGGCACCGAUUUUCCUAUCAAUGUUAUGUUCGUGUAGAAGAACACGUAGUUGUGCCAUUUCAAGCUUUAGAAAAAUAAGAGAGAAAGUGUUUAACAUGUAGUCCGUUAUGGACAUGAGCAGAAAAAAACAUAGCUGAAAAUUUUCUGAAAUAAAGCCGACCAACUGCUGAAGUUGGCAUGAUGUGGAAAUUUACUGUAUCUGAUCUUUAAAUUUUAAAAAUAUUUCAUACUUCUAUAAA